CCCGAAUGCAGUGGCUUCUUUUGCUACUCAAUCUCAGAUUAUAACGGGGACGUGACAGUGCGCGGAGCCGGGGUGCUGUUGGAGACGCUGUAAUACCCUGAAAAUACGUGUGAUUCGGCCACAACAGUGUUAUUUAAGGAAACCUGUUUCCGUUUUUUAGAUAAAUUUGUAUAUUUUCACCUAAGACGCAAGUAUGUCCUGGCAAGGCUACGUGGAUAACCUGAUGGCCGAUGGCAGCUGCCAGGACUCCGCCAUUGUUGGGUAUACGGACGCCAAAUACGUCUGGGCAGCACAAGCCGGCGGCACAUUUAACAAUAUAACGGCCCAAGAAAUCGAUGUCAUUGUAGGAAAGGACCGAGAGGGUUUCUUCACCAGUGGUCUGACCUUAGGUCAAAAGAAGUGCUCUGUGAUCAGAGACAGCCUUCUAAUCGAUGGUGAUUGGACGAUGGACAUCAGGACAAAGAGUCAAGGUGGAGAGCCAACAUACAAUGUUUCCGUAGGCAGAGCCGGCAAAGCAUUGGUUUUAGUCAUGGGAAAGGAAGGUGUCCAUGGAGGGCAGCUCAACAAGAAAGCAUUUCACAUGGCUGAAUACCUGAGGAAGUCUGGAUAUUAAGCAGCCACUCCCCAUCCGCCUAGCAGCUCAUUCUUAUCACCCUGUUGCGUUGACAGUACUACCUGAUGUAGUGGGUAGAUGCUUUUUUUUCUCUCCUCCCAUUUGUAUGUGCCCCUUUUAGUUUUCUUUUGUUAUUCCCCACCCUUGUCCCUGCCUUCAUUUUGUUUGUAUUUACACUGUGUACCCAAGUCUGUUCUGGCACUACUGUUGCACCAUUGUUAACCAUAAACCAUAUUGUUGUGACAUUGCAAAAAAAAUCUAUUAGAAAAGACACUAAAACAAAUUGGGCUGAUUAUAAAUGUGGCCACAGCUUAGUGUAAAAUACAUUACUGUUGGCAAAUAAGUGAAGGAAACCUAACUCUGACUGAACUUACAUUUCACAUGAAGGUGCCCGGUAGUACAAUCUUGGAUUGACCAAUGCCUUUUGAGCACUUUGAGCAGUUACCAAGCUCAUUUUGUCUUCCUUUUCUAGAACAUGUCUGGGAGGGAAAACUGCAUGCAUAUCUUUGUAUCUCUUUGCUAAUUAAACUUCUCUUCAACUCCCCCUGACACACACACAUACUUGCUCGCGCGCACACAAAACAUCCUCAACAUUCAGCUGUAGCCAAAUCUUGAAGAUCCCUAUCCUACAUUUCUGUUACUUCAUUCUAGAUUGUUUUUCAAGGAGACCCAUUACCCUCCAGUACAAACCACUACAUUUUUCCCCCUCAAGUGCAAAUUCAAUUUCUUUCCCCAGUAGCCUGCAUCAGAGGUGUUUUGCGGUUUGCUUGGAUGUAGUCUUACAUAUAAUGGGUUUUGUGUUGGAUUAUUUUGAGUUCAGUGCGGAAUCCACACUGUUGAGAUGCAGGUAGAAUUUCCUCCCAUGACCUCUUCAUAACAUCCCUGACUAUAAUCUCCAUGGACAUUCCAUCGUUACAAUAGCUCAGGCACUUAACUAUUGUUUGCCAGCUCCUGUAAUAUAUUUACUUUUUUAUUUUCAAGAAAGGCUGCCAUUUUGGACAGUAGAUAUCCCAACACAACCAUCUGGAGUGUGUCCAGUUUAAUUUCAUAGGACCAAUUUUAGUUGCAGCUUGGGAAUUUACAAAAUUGCUCUAAAUAAUUGUAAAGGGUGACUGCUUGCUUCAUCUGUUUGCUCACUGCGAAACACUACCAGUUUAGAACAGUAAAAGAUUUGCUGCUGAAAUUGGCUUAAACAGAUGGAAUGGCAGUCUCCUCAUUUGUCGAUUGUUUAAAAAAAAAAAAGUCCUGCAUUUGACCUUGUAAGCCCAUGCUGUGGAGAGAACUGUGGAAUAAAUCACCUUGUGCUCAAGUCAUCAACAAAGAUGUGGUAUCAACCUGUCUGUCAAAGCAUGGUACUAAAUGUUAUGUCCAAAUAAAGACCCUGAAAGUAUAACUAAUUACACUUAAUUAUGGGAGAUGGUAUUGGUUGGAGUAAGAACUUGGUUCUCUUGUGGAAACUUUAUACAAAAUCUGUGUAUCCUGUGCCAUAAUAGAGAGAGAUGAUCUGUUGCUAUUGUGAGAUGGAUUUUAACCGCUGCCCAGAAAGUAGUCAUUUGAUUGGCACUUCCUUAGGGAUAUUUUAGUGUCAGCUCAAAAUGUUCAGGCCUUGUGGAAUAUGUACAGAUUAAAGCAAAUCUUGUUGCCGA